AGAGCAGACGAGUCGCAGAGAGAGAGAGAGAGAGGAGACCGGCAACGCGGUGUGAAGGUCGACAGGCAAAAAUAAUCAAUUAUUGAUUAAUGAAUCCAGAUGAUCUGAACACAGUAACACCAAUAAUAAUAAUAACAAUAACUCAUGUUUAUUUUCAGAGAACUUAAAAUGUAACACAACAGUAGAGAUCAGAACAUUAGAGUCAGACCAGCGCCCCCUGCUGACACACUUUUCCUUCUCUGCUCUUUAACACACUGCUGUGCUCAAACUGUCUUUGAACUAACGCUGCGUUCAGUUUACACUGGAAGUCUUCGGUCAGAGCCAGGAGUGACGUCACCUCCGAGUUAACAGCGUUUCAGUUGAGCUCACAGAGUCUUUGUAGCUGCUCUGUCGGAGUUUAUAGAGAACUUCAGAACAAAUCUGUUCCACCUGAAGACACAUAAACAGGAGCAUUAGCAGAGAGUUCACUGCUGUUGAUGUGAGGAGCAACCAUCUUGGAUUCUGAUGUCGGGUUUGGUGGCGUUGCUCCAACUUUCUGAGUUGGAAAUCUGACUUCAGGGGGCGUUCAGGUUCAAACUUCUGACUAGAAACUGGAACUGGAACUCACUAAUAUCACAUCACUGAGCCACUGUUGUGUAGUUUUAGUUUUUUUUCAUUGAAGGUAACCAGUGAAAUAUUAAUGUCAAUUACAAGAAGGUAAGCUUUAAGUCUGUUUCUUGUUGUUAGCAGUUCUGUCCAGCGUCCUGUGUCCUGUUCUUUCUCUAAUCUCAACAAUAACAAACAAUAAUUAGCUUGGAAAUGAGAAAAUACCAGUGAAGAUGUUCAGCUAAGAUCCUCAAAGAGUAAAAAACAAACAAAAACAAAAACUAGACUGUGAACAGAAAACAAACAUGGCAGAUACUGUAAAGAUGACUGGGGUGGGGGUGGGGGGGCAAACGCAGCUUUAUCCGCCCCUGCUGGUGAGAGAGCAACAUCCUUCUCCUCUUCAUCAGCUGCAGCUUCAUCCUUUAGUGGAUCUGUGGAGACAAACACACAGACAGGUGGACAGACAGACAGCCAUGAUGUCCGCUGCCUGCACGGACCUCCUCCUCCUCCUCCUCCUCCUCCGGGCUGCUCCUCGUCUCCUCUGAAUCACGGAGAAAAACACUGCUCUCCGCCGGUGAGUCCACCGACAAACACAAACACACGGACACCGGAGCUCAGCGGCACCGACACGUCUGAAUCAGCUCGGUUUCAUCACCUGUAGCCGACAGGAACCAGAGUCCGGAUUCAUUCUUUUUUUCUUUAUCGCGGUUUAACGUGUGUGUUUUAUCGUGUUUUCCCUCCUGCAUCAGUCUCCGAGCGAACAUGUCGGACAGGCCGGAUACAUGAUGCUGCUCUGCCUCCAGCUCCAGCUGUUUAUCUGUUUAUCUGUUAUUUGAUUACUGAUCGAUCGAUUUCUGAUCGAUCUAAAAGGUGAAGAUGAAUCCAGGACGCUGUGAUUCUGUCCACAGACUCCUCUCUGAUGCAGCAGUAUAGCUAUGGUUUAUGCCCAGUCAUCAAACACAGUUGGUGUCAAUCCCUCCCUUUACUCUCCAUCUUUCACCUAUCAGAUGUCAUUUAAUUAUUCUGAGAGGGAAAACUCGACUGUCCUGGCAACCUUACCCACCACUCCCCUGUGCAGCCUCGAGGGCUCGUCCUCCGGCCAGCCAAACAGGACCUUCACCUUCUAUGAGCUGACUUCAGGUGAGGUUGGCAUCCUGGGCUUGGUGUUCGGGGUACUCUGGCUGGUCUCCAUCCUGGGAAAUGCCCUCGUCUGCCUGGUCAUCCAUCGGAGCCGACGGACUCAGUCCACCACCAACUACUUUGUGGUGUCUAUGGCCUGUGCAGACCUGCUUAUGAGCCUGGGCUGCGCUCCAUUCAUCCUCCUGCAGGUCGCCUCAGGACGAUGGCCGCUGAGUGCUGCUGCCUGCAAAGCUGUACGCUACCUGCAGCACCUGUGCCCUGGUGUGCAGGUCUAUGUCCUGCUUUCCAUCUCUGUAGACCGCUUCUACACAAUUGUCUACCCCCUCAGCUUCAAGGUGUCCAGAGAGAAAGCGAAGAAGAUGAUCGUGGCCUCAUGGCUGUUUGAUGCAGCCUUUGUCUCACCCUGCCUCUUCUUCUAUGGAUCCACAUCUGCAGACAGCAAUCAUUGUGACUUUUUCCUUCCGGACAGCUGGGGCAGUAUAGCCUACGCCACCGUUCACCUGCUGUUAGGUUUUCUGGUCCCGGUAGCACUGAUUGCGUCAUUUUACCAGCGCGUGAUCCGCUACAUCUGGAGGAUUGGUGCAGACGGCCACACAGUGCGCCGGACUAUGAACAUUGUCCCACGGACUAAAGUCAAGACCAUCAAGAUGUUCCUCAUGCUAAAUUCAGUUUUCUUCCUCACCUGGACGCCCUUUUAUGUUGCCCAGCUGUGGCACCCGACAGAGUCCGAUGGACCCAGCAGGCAGGGGCUUCUGUUCUUCACAGCCAUCACCUGGAUCUCCUUCAGUUCCACGGCGUCCAAACCAACCCUGUACUCGGUCUACAACGCAAACUUCAGAAGGGGCAUGCGGGAGACCUUCUGCAUGUCAUCCAUGAAAUGCUACCGCAGUAAUGCUUACACCAUCACAGCGAGCUCUCGGAUGGCCAAAAAGAACUAUGUUGGGGUUGUGGACAUCCCAGUGCAAGCAAAGACCAUCACCAAGGACUCAGUUUACGAUACCUUUGACCGAGAAGCAAAGGAAAAGAAGGUAGCCUGGCCCACAAAUGCCAAUCCACCAAACACAUUUGUGUAAAUGACCUUGGAUGAUUUUGAAACUGUGAACAUACAAAAACAAAAUUGUGUGAAACUUUAUUCAACAACAGCACAUCAGUGUUGGCAGGUGAGCUAGCUGGAGGCUAACGUGCUAGCUCUGUAUUCGACUAAAAAAAAAAACUCACAGACACAGAAUGUGUUCAGUUUGUAUAAAGGGCUUUUUUUCUUAUGUAACACACCUUCUGGCAGCCAUAUUGGAGAUUCUCAACAGCUGUGAACAGCUAGCUGAUUUUAUACUUCAUAUUUUAAUCAUAGUUGGUUUCUGUGCUGUGUUUUGAUGGAUAGUUUUGCCACUGAUGCAUCAGAUUUUGUGUUUUGAUAAUGUCCGCUUGUUAGCUAGCUAACCAUAGUCUGUGGCCAUCUAUUAGUGACCUGUUGUAUCUGAUUUACUGCAGUAAUGCAUGUGGUAGAAGCUAACGUUAAGUAGCCGUUUGUUAACACUGACGUCAUCUGCUUUGCUACAUUAAGAGUAAUGGUGAGUUGGCUAGCUAACUAAGACUAAAAGUACACUUUGUUCAGGUUUAGGUUCAGACUCAAAAACUCACAAGAAAGAGUAGAUAUCAUAGAGCUGUGGAGGAGCUGUGGGAGGAGGAACAGGAGUUUUCAGGGCAGUUGGAUGGACAUUAAACUGUCCAGGUUGAAUGAAAAGAACUACCAACUACAAUGAAAGAAAAGAUGUGUUAACUACGACUUCUAAGGCACAUUUUGGUAAGAAACAUCCAUUGAAAAAGCUUUUGUGUCUGAUGUGUGUUCUGCUAAUGGAGUAGCUAAAGAUCCAGAUUAUGGUUGAAGAUCAUACUUUGUAGAAACCCAAUAAAACAUACACAGGUGAAUCAGUUCACCUUCAAAUUCUCAAUCGGUUAAGGCAACUGUUAAUGACUAAAACAUAAUUUCUCAGAAACAAUAACCCUACUUCCUGACAAACAAUGAUAUCUGAUGAUUCUGAAAAACAGGACGUUUUACUGUGGAGAGUAAACUCAUUAGCUCUAAUGUUUCACCACACCACAACAGUAAUAUCCAUAAUAAACACUAAUCAUUAGUUGCAGCCUUAGUUUUGAUCCUAACAGUUUGUCAGACUUUAAGUUAAUGUCCAGAAGCUGCAACAGCAGCAGAGUCUGCUCACCUGUCCUUCACUCACCUGAUCCUCACCUGUCUCAGCUCUGAUGCUUUUUACCUGCUUAUAAAAAACAAAAAAACAAAAACCACAUCAGCAUCGUGUGAUGAAACACUUGUGAAAUGUUCUGUAACCUGUCAAAUAUACUGUGAUUUAAAGGUCCAUGCUUUAUACUGCAGCUCUGUUUAAACACACACACACACACACACUUAGCCAACAUGUGGUUCUGAUGUUUUGAAGUUUGUCUCGACGAUGUGCUGCUGUACGUACAAAUAAAUUAUUCUUUUAUCAGUUUAAAUAUAUUUAGUAAAACCAGCAAAAAGCAAA